AUGGAGGCUCCAGACCUUGCCAGACCCGUGAGCGCGAAGCAAGUCGCGGCCGCAGAGGGCCUAGUUGUCACAGGCCCGCAGACCGUGGAAGUGACGACCCAUAUUUUGAAUUUUGAGUUGUUCUCGAAGCCAUAUUUAUUGGAAUUCGUGUCUCUUGAUUUUUAUCUUAGAGGGUGCCACUCCAAGAAUCAACCUCAUCAUCUUGUGGCAACGCAAAAACGACCCCAUGUCCUCAACCUUCACCUUGACCUUAUCAGGCCUCACCCCCAACAAUUCAAGCAGGACAUAAUCACUCCACUCCCGUCUUUUCUAAAACCACAGUCAGGGAUGCCUAAACAGGCUGCUGCUCGGGAACGUGGGAUCGAGCUUGAGAAACUUGAGUUGGAGCCAUUGGAAAAGCUUGACGAGCUGGAGCCAUUGUAA